AUGGAAAAAGCAACAGCGAAAAGCAGAGCAGGAUUACCUGAGCAGGAUUACCUGAGAAACGUGGAUCUAAGCGUUGGGCUGAAUCGUUGGAUACUGAAACCAAUAGCCGCGUGGCCGGAAUCGAGCACUGUUUCGCCGAUGAAGAAGUACCUCAGUUGGUUCGUUCACGUCGUCUGUUAUUUGCUAGUGAGUUUCCUCUUCGUCCCUUGCUUGAUCUUCCUGAUCCUCGAAGUGAACGGCACCUACAACAGGAUUAAGUUGUUCGGGCCCCUUAGCUUUCUCCUCAUGUCGUACGCGAAGUACUACUUACUGCUGCUGCACAAGAAUGACAUCCUGAAGUGCAUGAAACAGAUCGAGUGGGAUUGGAAGAACAUGAAGCACCUGGAGGAGAAGAGGAUCAUGAUGGCGAACGCGAACUAUGCGCGUAGGAUAGUGAUCGUUUGUACGUUCUUCAUGUACAGUUCUUACAUGUUCUUCUACAUCGCUGUGCCAAUCACCGUGGGGAGGAUCCCGGCGCAGGACGGGAAUUUCACCUUCAUCUUACUGCCGUUUCCUUCCUCGAUGCGGAUCACCGACUACAGACAGAGCCCCGUCAACGAAAUCUUCUACUUCCUUCAGUGUCUGGCAGGCAUUUUGCUGCGUAUCAUCACGGCCGGGGCUUGUAGUUUGGCGGCGACCUUCGCGGUACAUGCGUGUGGCCAGAUGGAGAUCUUGAUGAACUGGUUGAGCUACCUGGUGAACGGGCGGGCGGAUAUGAGCAAGAGUCUGGACGGCAGGAUUGCGAGAAUCGUGGAACAACAUAUUCGAAUACUCAAGUUCUUAGAGCUUACAGAGAAAACACUUCGAUACAUAUCCCUGGUGGAGUUCCUGGGGUGUACAGUGGAGUUGUGUUUGCUUAGUUAUUGCGUUCUCAUGGAAUGGAGUACGAACGAUAUGUUAAGCUCUGCGACUUACGCCGUUCUUUUUGUGUCUUUCACCUUCAAUAUAUUCAUAUAUUGUUACAUAGGAGAACUUGUUGCCGAGGGGAGUAGACAUAUUGCUGAGAUAUCGUACAUGAUUGACUGGUAUCGAUUACUGGGCAAGAGGAAACUCAGCAUAAUUUUGAUCAUGCAAAUGUCUCAUUCUACAAUUAAACUAACAGCAGGGAACAUCGUGAUAUUAUCUUACAGCAAGUUCGGUGAUGUCGUUAAAAGUGCGUUCGCCUUUCUGAAUGUACUACGAACGCGCAAGCGCAAUAAUGUUUUUCGAGAGAGGAUCAAAUUGCGUUCGUUCAGUAUCGAGCAAUCGACGAUGCAAAAAGCAACUGCGAAAACGGAGCAGGAUUACCUGAAGAACGUGGAUCUGAGCAUUCGGCUGAAUCGCUGGAUACUGAAACCGAUAGCCGCGUGGCCAGAAUCGAGCACCGUUUCGCCCAUCAAAAAAUACUUCGGCUGGUUCGUUCACGUCGUCUGUUAUUUCUUGGUGAGUUUCCUCUUCGUCCCCUGCUUGACCUUCCUGAUCCUCGAAGUGAACGACACCUACAACAGGAUCAAGUUGAUCGGGCCUCUCAGCUUUUUUCUCAUGUCGUACUUGAAGUACUACUUACUACUACUGCACAAGAAUGACGUCCUGAAGUGCGUGAAACAGAUCGAGUGGGACUGGAAGAACAUGAAGCACCUGGAGGAGAAGAGGAUCAUGGUGAUGAACGCGAACUAUGCGCGUAGGAUAGUGAUCGUUUGUACGUUCUUCAUGUACAGUUCUUAUAUUUUCUUCUACAUCGCUGUACCAAUCACCGUGGGGAGGAUCCCGGCGCAGGACGGGAACUUCACCUUCAUCUUCUUGCCGUUUCCUUCCUCGAUGCGGAUCACCGACUACCGACAGAGCCCCGUCAACGAAAUCUUCUACUUUCUUCAGUGUCUGGCAGGCGUUGUGCUGCAUAUCAUCACGGUCGGAGCUUGUAGCUUGGCGGCGACCUUUGCGGUGCAUGCGUGUGGCCAGAUGGAGAUCUUGAUGAACUGGUUGGGCUACCUGGUGAACGGACGGGCGGAUAUGAGCAAGAGUCUGGACGGCAGGAUUGCGAGUAUCGUGGAACAACAUGUUCGAAUACUCAAGUUCCUGGCGCUGACCGAGAAGGCACUGCAACAGAUAUCUUUCGUAGAAUUUCUAGGAUGUACAAUGAAUCUCUGUCUGCUCGGAUAUUAUAGCAUCAUGGAAUGGAAUCCGAAAGAUGUAAUGUUUUCCUUGACUUACAUGGUGCUGGUGACGUCCUUCGGUUUCAACAUCUUCAUAUUUUGUUACAUAGGCGAACUCGUGGCUGAACAGUGCAGAAAAGUCGGCGAGGUAUCAUACAUGAUCGACUGGUAUCAAUUAUCAGGAAAUAAGAAGCUCUGCUGCAUUUUAUUCAUCGCGAUGUCCAAUUCGUCCAUCAAACUCACAGCUGGAAACAUGGUCGAAUUAUCCAUUAGCACUUUCAGUGAUGUUGUCAAAACGGCGACGGGGUUUUUAAACAUGUUGAGAGCAUUGACGUGAACGUUCCUGGAGAAAUCAAAGGAUACGUUAGCAUCAUAUGCAAUCAUA